UUUAUGGUUGACGCGUGUCAAAAACUCAUACAAGAACUGUCAUUCCAGUGGACGUACACAUUUCGUCUGUUUUCCACAUUUUUCUGCAGGCAGAGCAUUAAAAUUCUGUGAAAUAUGGCUGCGUCGAUGCCCAUCAAAACUAAUUGGACGCCCGACAAGAAGCACAGCGACCGCGAAAGGUGGAUCUGCAUUUACCCAGCCUACAUAAACGCUAAAAAGUCGAGGCAGGAAGGACGUAAACUUCCAAAACAGUAUUGCGUCGAUAACCCGACCUACGUUGAAAUUCAGGACGUAUUGUCAGUGACGAACUUGCGAGUAGGAGUCGAGAAUAAAUUGUAUCCACGUGAACGGAGCAAGGAACUCCUGUACCGCGGCAGAAUUCGUGUUCAACUGAAAAAUGACGACGGCACCCCCUUCAACCCCGAUUUUCCAACACGAGAUAGCCUUUUGCUCCAUUUGGGUACGAAAAUUCCGCUCCUGAAAUCGCGGCAAAACAAAACGGCUGAAGAACGUCAACCCCAGCAAGCGCAGUCAAGUUCCGGCGCUCACAAGAAAGGCAAAGGCAAAAGACGGUAGGGAAGGAAGCACUGAUCGGAUCUCCAUGGAAAUCACGAUUCAACAGGACACGGAAAGUGAGAGCGGUUGGGAAUUACUUGUUUUUGGCUUUGUGCUGCGAGCGGUGAUAACAAGAGCGAGUUUUGUUCAUUUCAAUUUUUAUUGCAAUAAAACUGUACAGUAGAAACUUA